CGGACCCGGUAACCGGUGAGCUCCCCGCGGGCAGCCUGCCAGGCGGAUGCGGGCUGCUGUCCGUCUCCGAGGCAGCCCCGCGAUGGGGCCGGGAUCCGCCGGGCCCCGGUACUCUCCCACCCCGCAUGCUGGGCAUCUGGAACCGGAGCAGGUAAACGGGAGCGGGUCCAGUUACCGGAGCUGCAUUUGAGCUUAAGCGGUGAGGAAGAGCCCGGAGCCCGGACAGCGAAGCCGGCUGUCUCUGGUUUCAACCUCGUGUUUUCCCCCGGAGUUCCUCCCCCUGCGGCGCUGGGCGGAGUUUCAUACCGGACUAGACGCUCCUUUUGUCGGAUUCGUUUCGACUCGAUUCCCCGGAGUUUACAGCUGAAAAACACACCGUUUGAACGUCCAGAAUUAACCCAAACAAGGCCAGGCGUGUUCGGUACCCGGCCCAGUUUGUGUCAGAACCAGCAGUGGAGCGAGGGGGCGGAGUCUCCUUCGUCACUUCCAGCAGGAUGAACGGCAGCAGCAGCGUCUUGGCAGCUCCAGGGACCAGGACCAAGGUUGGUACAGAUGAGUGGACUAAGGAGGACUGUCUGACUCUGCUGGAGCGGAUCCGCAGCAUGCUCCCUGAUGGAGACACCAUGAAGUAUAAAACCACAGAGUCUCACUUUGACUGGGAGAAGGUUGGAUUUGGUGCCUUCACUGGAGAAAUGUGUCGACAGAAGUGGCAGAAGGUGUCUACUGAGGUGAGAAAAUACAGAACUAUGACAGAGCUCAUUGUGGACGCCAUUGAGUUUGUGAAGAACCCAUAUAAAGGCAAGAAGCUGAAGACUCACCCAGACUUCCCUAAAAAGCCUCUAACUCCGUACUUUCGCUUCUUCAUGGAAAAACGAGCCAAAUACGCCAAAAUCCACCCCGAAAUGAGCAACCUGGACCUGACAAAGAUCCUGUCAAAGAAGUACAAGGAGCUGCCGGACAAGAAGAAGCAAAAGUACAUCACGGAGUUCCAGAGGGAGAAGGAGGACUUUGAGAAGAACAUGGCCCGGUUUAAGGAGGAACAUCCGGAGCUGAUCGAGGAGAGGAAAAAGUCGGAUUUACCAGAAAGACCCAAAACCCCCCAACAGUUGUGGUACAACCAUGAAAAGAAGGCCUACAUGAAACUGCACCCACAGGUGAGUCAGAAGGAGCUAAAGGAGGCCCUCAGGAGACAGUGGUCCCAGCUGUCUGACAAGAGGAGGUUGAAAUGGAUCAGCAAGGCCCUGGAGCUGCAGAAAGAUUAUGAGGACAGUAUGAGAGCAUACCACGAAGCCCACCCGGAUAUCACCUCAGACGAUCACGUGCGCUCUGUUCUCACCAAGGCAGAGAGACAGCUGAAGGACAAGUUUGACGGACGGCCGACCAAACCUCCCCCUAACGGCUACUCGCUGUACUGCGCCGAGCUGAUGAUCAACAUGAAGGACGUCCCGAGCACGGAGCGCAUGGUGCUCUGCAGCAAGCAAUGGAAGAUGCUGACGCAGAAGGAGAAGGACAUGUUCCAGAAGCGCUGCGAGCAGAAAAAGAAACAGUAUGACAUCGACCUGCAACGCUUCCUGGAGAGUCUUCCAGAAGAGGAGCGAGACAGAGUCCUAUCAGAGGAAAAGAUAGGUGGUGCCAAGCUGAACAUGGGCAUGACCUCCAGUCCACACAGAGCCAAGUCUCCAUCCGUAAAGGAGCGCUGUCAGGAGGCGGAACCUGAGACGUGGGUACCAGCCGGAUCACCCAGAGACAGACGGGAUGGGAAAAAGGUGGGGAAACUUCCAGAAACUCCAAAAACAGCCGAAGAGAUGUGGCAACACAGCGUGAUUGGAGACUACCUGGCCAAGUACCGGAGGGACCGUAGGAAGGCACAGUCAGCAAUGGAGGCAGCCUGGAAGUCUAUGGAGAAGAAGGAGAAGAUUACAUGGAUCAAGAAAGCAGCAGAGGACCAAAAGCGUUAUGAGGUUCAGUACCCACCUGUGAGGGAGCUGUUGGAGAUGAGAACACCUGCUGCAGGUCAGAAGAAACCCAAGUUUGAUGGAGAACCAAAGAAGCCUCCCGUGAGCGGAUAUCAGAUGUUCUCCCAGGAACUUCUGACCAAUGGUGAGCUGAACCACUUUAGCCUGAAGGAGCGAAUGGUGGAGAUUGGCAAGCGCUGGCAGAAGCUGAGCCAGAGUCAGAAGGACAAGUACAAGAAGAUGGUGGAGGAGCAGCAGGUGGAGUACAAGGUGGAGCUGGAGGCCUGGAUGAAGUCGCUGUCCCCGCAGGACCGAGCCGUCUACAAGGAGUUCUCAUCAUCAAAACGUCGCAGCAACACGAAAGCUCGCAGCAGCCCUGUGGCCAAAGUCUGCGUGACCGCAAAGGAGAAGGCGAGCGGAUCAAGACCGGUGGCACCUGGUGUCAACGUGGGCAAAAGGGCGAUGGCCUACCGAGCCAAGCAGGACAUGUCCGACUCAGACGAGGACGAGAAGAGUGACUCCUCGGACUCUGAUGAUGAUGACGAUGAGACAUCAGGAAGCACAGACAGCGAGGAUGAAGAUGAGAAUGAUGAAGAGGAUGAUGAAGACCAAACUUCCUCAGAGGAAUCAAGCGAUCUGGUCUCAGAUUAGCUCCGCCCAUUCCCCCUAUUAUGGAGGACUGCACAGGCCACGCCUCCUCCCUAGUCAUCUAGGCAGGGUUGUCUGAAGUGGGCGGAGCAUGGAGAGGGUUUUGUUUGUUUUGUACAUUUUACCGGUGGGGGCGGUGCUUGUGAUGUAUCGCUGUGGGAGGAGAACAGAGUCAGAAUAAAUGCACUUUUUUCUCACCUGG